AUGGCAUCCACCUCUUAUUCUACUUCAAUGAUCCCACCACAAAGAUUAUACACCUAUCACGUGUUCUUGAGUUUCAAAGGAGAGGACACUCGCACUGGAUUCACUAGCCACCUCUACGCCGCCCUAAACAGGAACGGAAUCACAACCUACAUCGAUGACAAUAACCUUCGCAAAGGCGAUCUUAUUUCAUAUGAACUCCUCAGAGCAAUUGAAGAGUCUGUGUUUGCAGUCAUAGUCCUCUCACCCAACUACACUUCCUACACAUGGUGCUUGGAUGAGCUCUGCAAGAUCCUUCACUGCAACAACGACCUGCCCCAACACAUCGUGACGGUGUUCUACGAUGUGGAUCCUUCUGAUGUGAGGCACCAGAAAGGAACCUUCCAAUAUGCUUUCAGGAAAUACCAGCACAGAUUCGGAGAAGAGAGUGAGAAUGUUAAAAGAUGGAGACACGCUUUAACACAAGUUGCUGCUUAUUCUGGUUGGCACACCAAAAAUCAGUAA